AUGGAAUAUCCUUUAGAGACAUGGGCUAGACAUAAAUUUGAUCCUAAGGUAAAGUGUGACUUUGUCGCCAACAAUCAUGUGGAGUCAUUUAAUUCUUGGCUUGGGAAUAUUAGACAAAAACCAAUCACUGGAAUUCUGGAAAGCAUAGCAAAAAACCUGAUGUCCAAGUUUGGUAAAAGAUUUCAAAGGACAGUAGAGUGGACAAAUACAAUAGUGCUAAAAGCUAGGAACAAAUUGAACUCUAACGUCUCUAAAGCUGCUACAUGUGAACUGAUUUGGCCUAGUGGGAAUUUGUAUCAAAUUACACAAAUGGAUACACACAUGUCUUAUGUUGUGAACCUAGGUGAGAGGAGUUGCUACUGUGGGGAAUGGCAAGUGUCUGGAGUGCCUUAUAGGCAUGCAUGUGCAGCUAUUACACACACGAGGCAUGAUUUUGAGAAUUUUUGUUCAGAUUUCUACAGCAAGAGUACAUAUGAAAAAACUUACAGUACUUUUAUACACCUAUUGCACCAUGACACUAUGUGGACUGAGGUUGACAAUGCACCAUUGGACCCACCAGUUCUCAAAAGACCAAUAAGCAAACCUAGAGUGAAAAGAAAGAGGGAGGUUAGUGAACCAGAAGCAACUAGAAGGUCAAGUGUUAUCACUUGCAGCAUAUGUGGUGUGUUUGGACACAACAAGAGGAGAUGUGAAAAGGCUCCUACUGCAGCAUAA